AUGGAAGAGCACAAGCCAAUUGAGCAGGGCUUGGUCAACGCAGGUGUGGAGGAGAACCGCCACUGGGCGAACGAGGACGAUUCUUCAUUCGAAACCUCCUCGUCCACUGACACUCCCGUGUCGGACGCCACUCCGUCUUUACCUAAGGAGGAAUGCCCUGAAGUCGACAACGAGCGUCCGAGCAGCAUAUCUGACUUCGACCGGCCGUCGUCUGUCCGCUCUGGGUCGUUCUUCCAGGAAUUGUCCUUCGACUCAGACUCUCCUCGAGGCAGCUUGGCGUCAAGUCGCCUUAGUGGUGUGUCUGGCCCGCAUGACGAGUCCCCUGCUGACCCGUUCCGCUCUCGUGAAGAUUCGUACGCUGACUCCAAUCGGUCACGCGGUGAUUCGUACGCCGACUCGAUUCGAUCGCGCAACGAUUCCUACGCUGACGUGUUCCGGUCGCGUAAUAACUCGUACGACGAAGUGCUUCGCUCCCGUGGAGACUCGUAUGCUGAUGUUCCGUCCAAAACGGAGUUUGAUGAACACAAUCUGAGUGACGAAGAGACCCACAACACCCCCAAGUAUUUCGAUACGGACAGCGAUAGAGGGAGCUUCAUCAGUGACUCUCCUGUAUCCGGCCAGAACAAGAUUGACAAAAACGAAGAGCAGGAAGAAGAGCAAGAAAGUCGCAAGAAAACGGGCAGUCGUUGGCGCGCCACGAGCGUGCUCAGCGCGCUAUCAAGUCGUCGAUCGAGCAAGCCCACGAGCUCGCCGACGUCAUCCCUCGAAGACGAGGAGAAGGGCACGGAUCAGAUGAAGAACCGCUCGAGCACGUUGCCUUCAGUCGCUGCCAGCGGCUUGAGCUCUGUUGCUGGAAUGCUCAACCGCAAGCUUUCGAUCCCGGUGGGCAACAACAACACUACCAAGUCCUUUGAGGAAGACAUUGAGGAAGCGUCCGUGUAUUCGCCGCCGGCGCAAGCUUCCAAGAGCAAGUCUCGUUUCGGCCGCUUCACUGCGCCAACUGUGUCCAAGCCGGCAUUCCCGACUCGUUUUGCGUGGAAGAGCCGAGGUCGACGCGAUACGAACGAGGACGACGACACCAGAGCCGCCUAAUCUAUCCGACUGAAGACAAACUUGCUGGAAGGCAUUUACGCAUCCACGACAUGUGUGCGUGGACUCGUUUGUGCGUGUACUUUAUGGCUCAAAUAAACAUGUUUUAGCUACGUCAA